GAUUAAUAGGAAGCAAAAUACAGAAAGAAAGAUGAAGUCGAUUAAUAUAUUGAGUUUCCUGUUGCUUUCAACUACCCUCUCUUUGGUUGCCUUUUCUCAUGAAUUUUCCAUUUCUGAUAAUAAUGGGAAUAUUGUAUUCCCUCCCGUGCUGGACAUGGAGGGCCAUUCACUCAAGAUAAACGAGGAGUACUCGAUUCUCAGUAUUCCCUUUGGCGGUGGAAGCGUAUACUUAGCUGAUAUUGAUAACCGUACCGAAUGCCCAAAUGGCGUUGUGCAGGACAGGUCUGGUGAUUUUGAUCACAGCACACCCGUGUUGUUUUAUACUAUGGAUAAUUUCGUUUUUGAAGACCAAGAUGUUAGUAUAAUGUUCUCAACUUCUUCUUCAACUAAGUCAUGUUUUAACGAAACUGUUUGGCAAGCUGGUAAUCACAUGCUAGGGCCGAUACGUCCACCACCUAGGUUUGUUAUAACUGGUGGUACCUUAGGAAUUCCAGGACCUAAUACCUUAAACAACUGGUUCAAAAUUGAGAAAUAUGAGACGGAGAGACCUCAUUCUUACAAGUUAAGGUAUUGUCCUAGUAAAUAUAUGUGUCCAACAUGCCAAUUUGAUUGUGCAGAUGUCGGAUUGUACGAAGAUAGGGGAUACACCCGUCUGGCUCUCAAUAACAAGCCUUAUCCCUUUGGCUUUAGCAAAGUAAAGAAGAAUGAUGCAUAGUUAGUUAAUUAUCUAUGCUUAAUAUAUUAUAACCUAGCUCGAUCGCUUUUCUAAAAUAAUGUGGAUCAUGCUUCUAUUCCACUCUAUGUAAUAUUAAUUAAUGCUUAUGAUGAAUAAAAAAGCUAGGUUCUUAUUUAUUAAU